AUGAAAGGUCCCAGGCCCGCAGAGGAGCGCUGGACACACAGCUCCGUAAGUGGCAAACCACCUUGGAGCACUGCACGGAGAAGGGUGGGAGAGCGGCCUGAGGUCGGCUCCCAGAGCUUCGUCUCCGCCCCGCAGCCUACUCCACCUAACCCGCCCACCGGCUCCGGUUGGCGGCUGGAAGAGCAGGAGGGAGCGAACACUGACGGGAGGGGCGGGUCAGGAGCGUGCGACGUCACCGCGGGGCGUGCUUCAGCUCCGGUGUCGGCGGGCGGUGCUGCACCCCCAGAGGGGGCGAUGUCUAACGGAGUCUACGUACUACCGAGUGCGGCCAACGGAGACGUGCAGCCCGUGGUGUCCAGCACGCCUCUGGUGGACUUCUUAAUGCAGUUGGAGGAUUAUACGCCUACGAUACCAGAUGCGGUGACUGGUUACUAUCUAAACCGUGCUGGCUUUGAAGCCUCAGACCCACGCAUAAUUCGGCUCAUCUCCCUGGCUGCCCAGAAAUUCAUCUCAGAUAUUGCCAAUGAUGCCCUACAGCACUGCAAAAUGAAGGGCACAGCCUCAGGCAGCUCCCGGAGCAAGAGCAAGGACCGCAAGUAUACUCUAACCAUGGAGGACUUGACUCCUGCCCUCAGCGAGUAUGGCAUCAAUGUGAAGAAGCCACACUAUUUCACCUGAGCCACCCAACCCAGAUGUACUUGUCUGUCCCCUUGUCCCCACACCAGCCUGUUUUCAUAAUAAACUUUAUUGUGACAGGCAGGGCUGAUCCCUCCCAUGCUGGGAGACACCUGUGGCAAGUGACAAAGCUCUGAAGCCAAGCCCUUUCGGGGUCACAGAGGCUGGGAAGGGGGCAGGGGAUGGGCCCCACAGCUGGGGUAGUACCAUGACUGGAGGCAGGGGAGGCAGC